AUGGGGUCCCAUUGCUGCUUUGGCGACUUCCCGGAGGAGUUUGCGCCCCCCUCGAAGUACUCCGGCAAGGAGGGGCAGCCAAGCCGGGAGGUUCUUCGGCGGGGGCCGCGCAGCCCGGGUCACCCCAGGGCCCGCCGAGGGCAGGGUCCACCCAGCGGCGCGCCGUCACGGCGUCCGAAUUCAGGCGUUUCUACGACCGCGGGGACAUGCCGCUGCAGAUCUACCACGGGGGCACGGGGGGCAAGAUCUCGUGGAAGGUCGACGUGGAGAAGCUGGACGACUAUCACCACUACUUGCCCCUGUUCUUCGACGGUCUCCGCGAGAAGGAGGACAUUGCCUUACCGCUUUCUGGCGUUGCAAGGCGUCUACGACUUGCUGGAGAAAGGCGGGUCCAAGAUCCUGCCGGUUGUCCCGCAAUUGAUCAUCCCGAUCAAGACUGCGUUGGCUAGCCGAGACGAGGAAAUCGACACCAUAUGCACUGUGCUUAAGGUCCUCCAGACUCUGGUACAAAGUGGUGAUAUGAUCGGAGAGGCGCUUGUGCCCUACUACAGACAGGAGGGAGGGAUCUUGCCUGUCUUGAACAUAUACAAGAACAAGAACAAGAACCUCGGGGAUUCGAUGGACUAUUCCCAGCGCAAGCGCAUGAACAUCGGAGACUUGAUAUCAGAGACGCUUGAGAUGUUGGAGGCGACCGGUGGCGAGGACGCCUUCAUCAACAUCAAGUACAUGGUGCCCACGUACGAGAGCGCUCAGCUGGCGUGA